CGGCUGCCUCAACCCCCGGCCUACCUACCAGGCCACACCACCUGCGCCGCGUACUGCACCCGCGCCUGCCAAAAGCGCCACUGGCCCGUCCACAAACACGUCUGCAGAGUGAUGGCGCAGCGAACUAAACUCCACCGCGCCGCCCGCGUCCUCAAAACAGCAUUGCUCACCUACCGCGCGACACUGUACGACAUCGCCCUCACGAAGAUCGACCUCCGCGACGGGACGCUCUACCUGCACCAGGAGGCCAGAGACCCCGGGGCCCGCGUACACUUUCCGGAACAUUUCACCACGAAGCCCGAGGAAAGAGAGGCGGCGCUGUGCGUGAACCAGUGUACUGCCGCGAUGGCGCUGUUGAGUGGGUUGAUAAGGGGCCUUUUGGCUGGGAUGGACACGCGUAUCGAAUUCAUGGACCUGCAGAUGGAGAAAAAACCUCGUCCGACGAGACUCGUCCCCGGCCCUGACCCGACGGGGUGUCCGCAUACCGUGUUGGUGGUGACGAUGCGCCUCUCCAGUGAGGAAUGGGUGCUUGAUCCUACGGGCGGCCAGUAUGGGUAUCGCGAGGUUCUGGUCCCGUUUACGCGGUAUGUGGAUGAUCGCGAGGCGAAGCCGUGGGGAUAUCCGGUGCCGUAUGAUGCGACGGAGACGUCGGAUUUGGAUUUUCUGGUUGGUCUUUCGGGGUUAGGGGCGCGAAGGAGGGAUUUGGAGGUGGAGAGACGGGCGAGGGGGCAUUUUGCAAGGUUCGUGAGGGAUAAUGUUGGGAAGGAGAUGUUGGGGGGUGGUGCGGAUGAGUUCGAGAAGAGGUUAGAGGGGUUUGACAUGAGGUUGAAGGAGCAUUUGUGGGAAUUUCGUGUGUAG